CCUGUUACUAGUUCAGGAGACACGUGUUCAGUGUGUGGAAAAAUCUCAGAAAAUGCCAAAUUUUUACCUUCUAAACCAAAAAAGAGAUCUUCAUGUGUGAGUGCUUUAGAUACUCCUGUUGUUAAUAUAAAAGAAGAACAUAAUUAUGCUAAUGAGGAGAGUCUUCUCUUUCAUCAUAGUCAACCUGAGGGAGACUCAAAUAAACGUUUUCAACAAACUAGCAAAAAAAUUAUUGUAAUUGGCAAUAAUGUAAAUUUAGCAAAGCAAACAGUCAGUCAGACUUUGGCAUCCAGUGUCAACGUGAAAUCUUCAGCAAUCAAUGGCACAGAGAUAGCAAGAACUAAAAAUACUGUUGAACCUAUGUCAAAAAAUGUGCCAAGCAAAAUAGAAAAAUCCAGUCCAAAUCCAGAAGAUAUUGCUUUUAUACCUCAUGAACUAUGGGAUAUCAACAAUCUUCUAAUUCCUACAUCCACCUCAAAUAUGGAAAACAAAAUGGAGAUUAUGUCACAAAGUGGUGACCUCAAUAGCCACUCAAAGUCUCAGGAACAGUAUGGUGUCAUGCAGGGAGUCCCGGUACUUAGUGGAGUUCUGUCAGAAGAAGACCAGCGAGACAGUCUUUGCAAUAUCAUGAAAGAAGAUGGAAAACUACGUCCUUGUUCAAAACGAUAUGAGUCAUCACUCACUGGUAAAGACCUAAUGCAAUACAUUCUUUUAAAUGAACAAGAUAAAAAGGACUUCAGGGACCUGCAUAUUGCCCUUAAACUGCAAGAUAACGAUAAUGUAACUCAGUUGGACAGUGUCUCCAGAGAAACCAAUGUGUUUAAAGAUGACAGAGAAGUCAGAGAUAUUCACACUGAUAAUGUUGAUGUGAAGUCUCAUCCUGAUGAUGAAUUAUUAUCUAAUGCACAGAGUCAAGCCAAUUCAAAAGCUCCAGACACAGAGCUCUACAGAGUUUAUUACUUCGAACAAAAGCCAUCGGGCCCCUUUGACAAAGGUCGAGAGCAAACCAUUCAUGGCAGGAAGACACUUUGUAAAGUUUGCAACAAGAAUUUCAGAACAAUGGUGACUUUUCGGAAUCAUAAACAAACAUACAAACACUUUAAGUGUGAUAUUUGUACAAGCAGCUACUUUAAGGAAAUUGACCUGAUGACUCAUUUGAUGACUUCUCAUAAGAUCAACGUUAAAUGUGGUUUAUGCAACAAGAAAUUGAAAUCUGUGUUUAGAAUGAGGAAUCAUUUAAAGAGGUACCUGCACUUCAAGUGUAAUCUUUGCAAAAAUAGAUUUGAAACAAACAUGCAGCUAGCCACACAUUCUAUGAAGCAUAGUUUAAAACCAUAUUCAUGUAAACAUUGCUCACAACCCUUUACUUGUGGAGACGAUUUGAUUGCCCAUUUUAAUUCUGCUCAUAGAUUUAAUUGUAAACAAUGCUCCCAAGUUUUUACUUCUAGACAAGAUUUAAGAACUCAUGUUCAAUCUAGACAUGAAGAGAAACAACUUGUAUGUAGAUAUUGU